GAUGAUCAAACUACAUCACAGGAAGCCCAACCACAGUUCUUCUCAGACUGCAAUGGCGUCAGACGUAAAAAGUUUAAUAGGAAGGCUAACUAACCAGAAAACUGAUCAAAGAGUUGGAUGCAAGAAAUGCGGAUACCCUGGUCAUUUGACAUUUCAGUGUCGUAACUUUAUCCAAACUGACCCCAAGAAGGAUGUUAUAGUGGAUGUUAGUAGCACUUCAAGUGAAGACAGUAAUGAUGAUGACAUCUCUGUUUCUUCAACAUCGUCUUUUUCAUCUGAGUCAGAUAAAGAAGUCUCACGCUCAAAAUCAAAAAAGAAAAAGACAGUAACAAGAAAAAAAACAAAGAAACAAACAAGACACGAUUCAAGAUCAGAUUCUCUUGAAAAAGCAUUAAGACAAAGAGAUGUGCCACGAGAACACUCACCUUCAGCAUCUCCCCCACCCAAAAGGUCAAGGCGCUAUGAUGAUUCUGACUCAGAUUCAGAUUCUGAUGACGAAAGGCGAGAGGAAAAAUCUAGAAGCAGUCGAUCAAAGCACAAGCAUAAACACCACAAGAAAACUAAAAAACACGAUCGGCCAGACCGACACAGCAAAAAGAAGAAGACAGAAAAAAAGAAACACAAGAAAAAGGAUAAAUAAUAAACUAUCAUUCAAGGAAUACGGUCGAGACAAAUCAAGAUUUCUUGAUUCACACUGUAUUUCGUCCACCAUUUUUAAUAUAUUUUAUUUUAAACUUCAAAUUCAAAAUAAACUGUAUCUAGCGCGCUGGCUGGAUUCUACUAUC